AUGGAGCUCCUCCAUAUAAUACUCUUCCUCACCAUCGCCGCCGUCUCCUUACUCUCCUUCACCAUCUCCAAUAAAACAGCACAGAACAAAACGGCGGCCAAACGGCGGCGCAAUCUCACGCACAACCCCCGCCGGCACCAUGGAAGCUCCCGGUGCUGGGCCACCUCCACCACUUCCUCACCAGCCCGGAGCCGCCCCACCGCCGCCUCCGCCAGCUGGCCAGAACCCACGGCGACGUCAUGCAGCUCCACCUCGGCGAGAUCCGCCACGUCAUCAUCUCCUCCGCGGAAGCGGCGAAAGAAGUGA